GUCAAAUGGAAGGCUACUUAAAACAAGUGAGAGAGACAUUUAAGGACAAUAAAUCCAAAUACGACUACUUGUCUCAACUUCUCUCACAAUUCAUAAAUGACAGAAUUGAUACAAUUGAUUUCAUACAAGACAUGAAAAUUGCGUUGCAACAUCACCGUGAUCUUCGCUUAGGAUUCAAUGUCUUUCUUCCAAAAGAUUUUCACAAGGUAGCUUUUGCCUUUGAUGCAGCUAUAGAUUUCGCCCACAAAGUUCAGAGACGAUUUCAUAAAGAUGAACAGACACAAAUAGACUUCUUUCAGACUGUUAUCAUGUACCGGGAUGGGAAAAACUCAGUCCAUGAGGUUUGCCAAAAGAUUGCUAAGCUGUUUGAAGGCCACAUUGACCUGCUGAAGGAAUUUGCAUGUAUUAUAGAGGAUGGUGAAAUUCGAGAAACUCUUUUCAAUUAUCAACAAAGAAGGCAAUCUAUUGAUGCAGAGGGUGAUCUGGAUGAAGGAAGUGCAAAAAAUCAUGAAAGGAUAGAGAUGGGUCUGAGACAGAGAACAGAGGAAGAAAAUAAUGGAGAUCUUAAUGGAAGACAGAGGGAAGAAUGCAUUCAAGGUUAUAAGGUCUUCUCGAAGAAAAGAUAUCAAAACAAACAUGAAAUUAUUCUUUUCGACUGUGAAGAAGACAGAUUUGAAUUGGAUAUGUUGCUUAGUAGUACCACUGCUGCAAUCCAAUCCAUGGAUAAACAACUGACAAAAUUGCAGAAUGGCAUUGUCAAGCAAGAUGGGGAAUUUCCAAUUGAAAAGCACUUAACAGAUAUGAACCUGCGGUGUAUAGAACGCAUUUAUGGUGAUUAUGGGUUAGAUAUGAUUGAUUUAUUGAGAGAGAGAGCAGGCAAAGGUUUGGCUGUUAUAUUGAAUCGUCUGAAGCAAAAGCACAUAGAGUGGUCAAGGUGUCUUGAAGGUUUCAACAAAAUAUGGGCUGCUGUUUAUGCCAAAAACUACAACAAAUCUCUUCGACAACAUUCAAUAGAAAGAUAAAAGGAUUGGAACUGGAUUAACAGUCGUGGAUCAAAAUUAUCGCCAAAGAACAUGACAAAAGGAAUGCUACAAGGAUUGUAAAAUUU